UCCGCCGCGCUCCGCACCGUCGGAGCGGCCCCUCCUCCCCUCGCCAGCCCGUGCCCGGCUCCCCCGUCCUCCCGCUCACUCCUCCAGCCAGUAAAUCCGAUCUAGGCUGAUUCCUCUCACGUCAAACCACAUGAUCCCAUAAAACAUUCAUCGCCUCUCCAUCCCCGCUCGCUCGCCGCUCGCUCCCGGGAUCCAGCGCAGCCGGCUCCGCUCCCCGCCGGGAUCCGCCGCAGCCCCGGCCCCGUGCGUGCGGCGGGCGGGCGGGCGGAGCGAGCAGGAGGCAGCGAGGCAGGCGAGGCGAGGCGAGGCAGGGAGGGGGAGCCUCGCCUGGAUGCUGACUCCAGCUCGGGGGCUGCUCAUUCCCCCGAUGAGCGAGGGCACCGGGAGCGCCCCCCCCUCCCCGUGCGCCGCCGCUCCCCGCUCGGGCUGAAGUUUGGCUCCGGGAUCUGCCCUGCUUUCCCAAGGAUUGUACCGCUGCCGCUCCACUUUGCGCCUCCAGACGUGCCUUCCCCGACCCCUAAGAUGAAGAGGGCGAUAGCUGAAGGAAGCAGACUGCUGAUUUUGGUGCUUUGCUUGAACAUCCCAUCAGAAGUGGAGUCCUGCCCCGGGGCGUGCGUAUGCUACAGUGAACCCAAGAUCACCAUCAGCUGCCAGCAGCAGGGGCUGACAGCCAUCCCCACGGAGAUCCCCAUCCAGAGCCAGCGCAUCUUCCUGCACAACAACCGCAUCACCCUGGUGAGGGCCACCAGCUUCACCUCCUGCCGCAACAUGACCAUCCUGUGGAUCCACUCCAACAACAUCAGCCUCAUCGAGCCCGGGGCCUUCUACGGGCUCACCAAGCUGGAGGAGCUGGACCUCAGCGACAACACGAACCUGAAAUCCAUCAACCCUGUCACCUUCCGGGGGCUUGUGCACCUCCACACCCUCCACCUGGAUCGCUGUGGGCUCCUGGAGCUCUCCACGGGGCUUUUCCGAGGGUUGUUCUCCUUGCAGUACCUCUACCUUCAGGAUAAUAACCUCCAGAUCCUGCUGGACGACACCUUCAUCGACCUGGCCAACCUCACGUACCUGUUUUUGCACGGGAACAAGAUCAAGAGCCUGUCGGAGAACGUCUUCCGCGGGCUGAUCAACCUGGACCGGCUGCUGCUACACCAGAACAGGGUGAGCCUGGUGCACCGGCGCGCCUUCCACGACCUGGGGAAGGUGAUGACCUUGUACCUGUUCAACAACAACCUGACCGUGCUCACAGGGGACACCAUGGCCCCCCUGGUGUCCCUGCAGUACCUGCGCCUCAAUGGCAACCAGUGGAUCUGCGACUGCCAGGCCCGCUCGCUCUGGAAUUGGUUUAAGCAGUUCAAGGGCUCCUCCUCGGAGCUGGAGUGCCACCUGCCCCCUCGCCUGGCGGGGCGGGACCUGAAGCGGCUGCAGAGCUCGGAGCUGGACAGCUGUGUGGACUCCUUCAACCAGAUCCGCACCAGCGUCUUCAGCACCAAAACCAGGUCGGGCAAGCUCCCGACGGGGCUGCCCCCGCUGGGCUCCCACGACGGCUCCUCCAAGUGCUGCCAGCCAGAGAUGGACAAGUCCUUCAUUUACGAGGCCAAGGGCAAGGCAGGGCCCUCCUCCCACAGCAGCCGCUCGUCCAACAACCACCUCAAGGAGAAGGAGAACAUGUCCAGGCCCAAGUACAUGGAGACGGACCGUUCCAAAAAUGGCAGCAACAAGCAGAUAAACGAUUCCCCCUUUGGGACCUUCCCCAGCAUUGUAGACCCUCCUUUGACCAAGUUGAGACCCGAAUUUCUAGAGCCCAUUGAACCUUCCACAGUCCCAACCAAAAAGAGGCAGGGCUGCUCUAAAAAGAACAGAUCAAAGGCCCAGUGCCGCCUCACCCAGCAGGGGAACAGCUCCACGUUACAGCUCAGCCUAAGCCUUUUGAUCCCCCCCUUGGUGUGGAGCUUACUGUUAUUCUGCUAAAAUUAACUCUUUUCCUGGGUUGAUGACACUUUAAUACUUGACUUUUGCUGACCUCCAUAAAUGUUGCAAACAAAAGCAGGACUCCCAUCCACCCUGAGAAAGCUUUGUUACACAAAACUUAACUGGAUGCCUUUAUUAAAACAAACAAACAAACAAAAACAAAACAAAACAAAAAAGACAAAUACUGAGAUGUACAUAAUUUAUUUGUCCUGAAACCUGUGAAUUAUACCUUUGGUCUUCGGAACUGCACUUGCCCACAAAGCAGCUUUUGCUACAGCAGAUGGUAAAGAAAUGUGGUUUAUUUACAGGAAAAAAAAAAAAAAAAGAAGUGUAAGAAAUGCUCUGAAAAGAAUGUCUAAAGUCUGUUUGUAACUCACCAUCUCACUGAACAAUGUUGCAGGUUCCCAUUUGCAGAGGUAAUGGAUUUGAUGCUGUUUUAAUCCUAUGUUGAUGACUCUUGCAGUUUUUCCAUCUCCAUUCCAUCCUUCACACCACGUUUACGGGCAGCAUUUGUUAAAGAAUGCUGCCUGCCCCUUCACAAGAUUGCAGUAUAUAUAGAUAUGCAUUUUAUUUUACUUGUGUACAAGUAUACAAAAAAAACCUAUAAAAUAAAGAUUUCUUUUUCC